AUGCCGCGCUCCUUCCUAGUGGACUCGCUAGUGCUGCGGGAGGCGGGCGAGAAGAAGGGGGAGGGCAGCCCGCCGCCGCCGCUCUUCCCCUACGCCGUGCACCCCUCGCACCCGCUGCCCGGGCUGCCGGCCGGCGCCUGCCACGCUCGCAAGGCCGGGCUGCUCUGCGUCUGUCCGCUCUGUGUCACCGCCUCCCAGCUGCACCCGCCGCCGCCUGCCAUCCCCCUCAUCAAGGCCUCCUUUCCCCCCUUUGGCUCCCAGUACUGUCACUCGCCCCUGGCCCGCCAGCAGCACUCUGUCUCCGCCGUCAGCGUCGGGCACGCACCGGCGCUCUACCAGGGCGCCUACCCGCUGCCAGACCCCCGUCAGUUCCACUGCAUCUCCGUGGAUAGCACGUCCAGCCAGCUGCCCAGCAGCAAGCGUAUGCGCACCGCCUUCACCAGCACGCAGCUCCUGGAGCUGGAGAGGGAGUUCGCCUCGAACAUGUACCUCUCCCGGCUGCGGCGAAUCGAGAUCGCCACCUACCUGAACCUCUCCGAGAAGCAGGUGAAGAUCUGGUUCCAGAACCGACGGGUCAAGCACAAGAAAGAAGGCAAAAGUAGCUCACACCGGGGCGGGGGGAGCGGCCACAGCUGCAAAUGCUCAUCCCUUUCCACCAUCAAAUGCUCGGAAGACGACGAGGACUUGCGCAUGUCUCCGUCCUCCUCGGGGAAGGACGACAGAGGUCUCGCAGUCACGCCCUAGCCCCCCGCACACCCACCCCGGCUCCCCAGGAACUGUGGCGAGAGCAGGGGA